ACCAUUAAUAAAUAAAUUAAUAACAAUUAAUAAAAAUGCUUGAAACAAUAAUCAAAGACUGUUCAAUUGAUAUCAACGUAAAACGCUAAUUAAACAAAAGUGCUUAAGAAAAUCCAUCGCAAUCGCAAAGUGUUCAAAAUUCUAAAUACUACAAAAUAUAUAAAUAUAUUAUAUUGAUACAUAAUCGAAAAAGUAUAUAUAAAGGAAGAGAAACUGAAUAAUUGGCCAUCGAUUCUAAAUGUUCGACUGGAUUGAAUUUAACAAAGAAGCGUAGACGAAAUACGAAUGCAAAUUAGAUGCAAAAUAAAUGGGUAAAAUGAGGUCAAGUAAAUACGAUGUUACCACAGCUUACGGUCUAUGCCAAGAUUAUUUACCUCCUGAUGGUGGUGAUUUCAGGUGCAUUAUGUACAGUAGAAGACUUCGUAAUAAUGUCACAGUGUGCACACAACAAAGCCAUACACCUAGCUGCGGAAGGAACAGUCUCAGUGACAGACACUUCACAGAUCCAAAAUAUAACGAUAUACGGCUACACGGAUUAUCUGAACAACAAAUUCAAAAUAGCACUGUACGCAAAAGAAACACAAAGGUAUUUGUGUUUCAACGACAAUUGGAGAUUAGUUGGAAUGAGGGAACUGCGAGAAACCUGCUAUUUCAAAGAGGCCCUCGUUCACGGUUAUUUCGUGUUCAGUUCCCUUGUCGAUGAGAAGCAACGUGUCGGGUUCACGCGCCGAGGUAAGCCUGUGGGUCCGAAGAAGAGCGUCAACGAUGCCUGCUACAUGUUCAAUAAGAUCGAUGCCGAGGAGUUUUUCCGCCAUCACCGGCUGCCCGAAAGGAUGGUUAAUACUAGCAACAGCAGCAGCAGCAGCAACAGUCGGACCCCGCGCAACAACAAAAACAAUCGCCACAAAUCGAAUAACCAAAAUCAAAAGUUGCAACAGCAACAGGAGCAUCAUGGCCAUAAUAAUAAUAAUAAUAAUAACGUUAUUCUUAAUAAUAGUAGUACUAGUUUAAGUAGCAUUAACAAAAAGCAAUUAGCGAUAAACAGGCAGAAGCAGCAGCAGCAACAGCAGCAGCAGCAGCGGCAACAUCAGGUGCGGCAUCAUCACAAUGAUCCAUCGCUGUUGCUGCGACGGCAGCAACAUGAAAUGAAGCAGAAGCGGCGCAAGCAGCAGAAGCAGCAACACCAGCAGCAGCAACAUGAGCUGCAACAACAACGAGUUACAGCUAGUCCAACGAAGCACUUGGCUGCAACACCCACAGUCGCAGUUACUUCACCAACAACAACAGCAACCAAAUUGUCAGCAACCACACUGAGCAGCAGGCGCAAGGGCAGACGAAGAAAGGGCAAGGCCAAGCCCAAAGCUCAGCAACAGCAGCAGCCACUCCUGGUCACAGCAGCAACAUCUCCGUACACAGACGACGACUCUCUGUACAGCAGCAGCUUUAGCAGCACGGACUUCGAGGAUCCGGACAACAGCAGCUCCAGCAGCUUGGAUCCCUGGUCCUCCUGGUCCACCAUCGAUAGCUUUAGCAGCAGCAGCACAACGACAACAUCUGAUGACAGUAUUAGCAGCAGCAGCAACUACGAUGCCUGGGCCACCUUCAUCAGCAACCAGGAGCUGGAGGCAUCCUCCUCCUCCUCCACAACCCCGGAGAUGAUGAUGAUGAUGGGCGGAAACGAUACCGAGUUGCUGCAAUACGAGCCCGAGUUGGUGGAGGAUACGGAUUUCGUCACCGAUUCCGAUACCGCUGCCUCGACAACAUAUGAAACCAAAGCAACAUCAGCAAUAGGGGCAACGGCGGCCACAACUACCUCGACAACGGGCUCCCAGCUGGUGUUAGAGCAGACGCCGCUGGCCAGAAGUAAUGACACUGUAAGAAGCACCACCAUUAGCAGCAGCAGCAGCACACGAGUCACGCCGACAGCCGCCACAACAGGUCAGACUGAAACUUCAAAGAGCAGCAGCAACUUGGGAAAUCCCGGCGAGAAUGAAGUGAAACCCCGCACUUUCCUCUGGACAACGCGAGCAACAUUCAUGCAACAGUCACCGCCCAGCAGCACGGCAGCCACAUCCUCCACAUCCACAUCCACAUCUACAUCGUGGACGACUCCGCCACAACAUGUUGCUCCCUCGCUGUUCAGCGUGGAGAAGAACAUCAACAGCAACCUCCAGAACAACACUCUCACAGAGGCCUCGCCCACGACAGCCACAACGGUGGCAGCAGGUGGAGUAACCAUGACGGCGCCAACGACUUUGAGGAAGCCGCAUCGGAUGUUCACCCGUCGACUGAUGGCCACACCAUUCCAUCGGUUGGCCUAUGUCCGGAAUGCUGGUGGUGAUGUGGACAUCGAUAAUCUGGACAAUAUCAGUGUUUAUCCCGUGGAGUACGACGGGGAUCUGGAUGGGAAUGGCGGCGGCAGCGGCAAUAGCUCCGAUGGCGGCUUCUCUGGCUUUCUGGCCACCUCGACCACUUCCAAGCUGACGGAACCCAUUCGCAUUGGGAUGAAGAAGAUUCGGCAGAAGGGCACACUAUCUGGCUUUGGUCAUAGGAGAAAUGCGUAGUAGUGUCAGAGAUAGGGAACUUUGUCUAUUGAAAUCUGUUGGAGAGAUUGAUUUGGACUUCACAUUCACAGAAACAUUUUCAAUAGGAAUUUUAAUAAUAAUAAUCUUUGGUGAUUUUAAAACACUUUCUAAAUACAAAAAUCAAAAUAUUAUCAAGAACUAAACUCAAUCAAACAGCUUAAGUCUGAUGUUUUGAUCAAAAUAUCUUAAUCAGAAUGCUAAACAUAAUUUAGAAACAUUUCCGCAGAACAAGGUGUACUCUGUGAAUGUGAAAACCCAAAUGGAUCCCCGAAAGAGACACUUACUCAUACUCAGAACUCAGUUUUCAAAAGAAUUUAAGCAAGCAGAAAACAUGCAAAGAGCAAAAAGAUAAAUAUUUCAAAUUUAUAAUGAACUGAUACAUAUAUAUAUAAACACACACAUAUAGAACUCGAUGUACAAUGGAGUUGCUUACUGUUCAGUACCUCGACUCAGACAGGACUUUGCACUCGCACCGCGCCUAAAAGCACACUACGGAAGCGAAAGGGAAGCGGAUGCGAAAUCAGCACCGGAAGAGAGCCAGCGAUAAACGAUAACCCAGGCCGCACUUCAACUUCAUCCAGCCGUGGAGCGGGUACAGUGAAGACUCUACCGCAGGCCGCAGGGACGGAACUCGCAGAACUGCUACAUAGUUAUAAAUGAAAAGACAAUAAGAUUUUUAUUUACGAGUAUGUGCUAUAUAAAACUAACAAAAAAGAAACGAAGAACCGAAGCGAUCAAUAGCGAUAGCAAUAAUCGAUAACAAAAGAAAAAUGCUAAAAAAAAUUGUUGAAAUGGAAAUUAAGAAGGCGAUUUUUCAAGUGCAAGCUAAAUAUUAAAACAAAUACGUUUCGAAUGCACUGAACAAAAGCGUAGUAAACUUUUGAUUUACUUAACCAAUUAAAUUUAUUAGCAAUGAGAAUUAAUAAAUACAAAU